CGUUAUGCAGGAUGAGUCAUUUCACGGUGCGGGGUGGUCGUAAAAAAUCGAAAUGGCUUAACUUAGCCAGUGGGAGAAUUUCAGGACCGCCCUCUACGCAGAUCGGUUCAAGGCAGCAACAAUUGCAACCGCAUUUCUUACACACAGAAAUAUAGAGUAGCGUGAAUAGAAACCACUACUUAAAGACGGUUACGAACACACGCUCUCUCAGGUAAAAUAUGACAAUACUUUCCGUUCCUAUACUCAAGACAAUCUCGUAAUCUUUGAUCAACCAUUCCGCCAAACGACCAAAUCCUCCGCACGCAAUGCUAUCUCAAAUUACACCCUGCCUCUGGUUCGACGGCCAAGCAGAUGAAGCCGCAAAGUUCUACACCUCCCUCUUUAAAGACGGGAAAGUCACCCGCACGCAAUAUUACGGCGAAGCAGGAAAGGAAAUUCACGGGCAAGAGCCAGGAAGCGUCUUGACUGUCGAAUUCGAGCUCAAUGGCCAGAACUUUGUGGCCAUGAAUGGAGGACCGCUAUUCAAAUUCAACGAAGCCAUUUCAUUUCAGAUUGAAUGCGAGGAUCAGGAGGAGCUCAAUCAUUACUGGCAGAAGCUUUCAGAUGGUGGCGAUCCUGCUAAACAGCAAUGUGGGUGGUUGGGGGACAAAUACGGUGUCUCGUGGCAGGUGGUUCCGAAGGUUCUUGGUGGGAUGCUCUCCGAUCCCGACACGGCCAAGUCGCAGCGUGCGUUCACGGCCCUGAUGGGAAUGAAGAAAAUUGAUAUCGCGGCACUGAAGACUGCUUAUGAGGGAUAGAAAAAUGUGGUCUGCUCGUAUUUCCUCGCUAUGUCCUCGUUUGUCCUGUGUAUUGUUCCGACAAAGUACUGGCACUAUUGGCUUCUUGAUAUUUUUGAGAAAAAUAUCGUGCAAUGUGCAAAAAUUAUGUGACCCAAGUGGCGAAUGCGGGCCAAGUUGGCUCACAUCCAGGGGUGUAUGGCGUUUUAGACCACUGGAACUGUGAUCGCCAAACAGAUGGCUUUCAGCUCGAGUCAGCCACGAAGCUCCUUUCCGGUAGAAAAAGCAAAAGUGUCUCAGCCUCAGUGUCAAGAAACACCUCCUCGAUCA